GGAGCCUCGGGUGGCGGGAAGAGCCGGCGUAGGAAUGGAGGUGCAAGAGAGCUGUUGUGGCGCGGCCGAGAGUGGGGCGCCGGAGCCCUCGGCUGUCCCCAGCAAGACCGCGGGCGGCGCCGGCCACUACGAACUGCCGUGGGUUGAAAAAUACAGACCAAUAAAGCUGAAUGAAAUAGUCGGCAAUGAAGACACAGUGAGCAGGCUGGAGGUCUUUGCGAAAGAAGGCAAUGUGCCCAAUAUCAUCAUCGCUGGUCCCCCAGGAACCGGCAAAACGACCAGCAUCCUCUGCUUGGCGAGAGCACUGCUGGGCCCGGCGCUGAAGGAUGCAGUUCUGGAGCUCAAUGCAUCAAAUGACAGGGGAAUUGAUGUGGUGAGGAAUAAAAUCAAAAUGUUCGCCCAGCAGAAGGUCACCCUUCCCAAGGGCCGACACAAGAUCAUCAUUUUGGAUGAAGCAGACAGCAUGACAGACGGUGCUCAGCAGGCCCUCAGGAGGACCAUGGAAAUCUACUCCAAGACGACCCGCUUCGCUCUGGCUUGUAAUGCUUCAGACAAAAUCAUAGAACCCAUCCAGUCACGCUGUGCAGUGCUCCGCUACACCAAGCUCACUGAUGCUCAGGUCCUCACCAGGCUCAUGAAUGUCAUCGAGAAGGAAAACGUGCCAUACACAGAUGAUGGCCUGGAAGCCAUUAUCUUCACAGCCCAAGGGGACAUGCGCCAGGCACUGAACAACCUGCAGUCAACCUUCUCGGGAUUCGGCUAUAUCAACAGCGAGAAUGUGUUCAAGGUCUGUGACGAGCCCCACCCCCUGCUGGUGAAGGAGAUGAUCCAGCACUGCGUGGAUGCCAACAUUGAUGAGGCUUAUAAGAUUCUUGCUCACCUGUGGCACCUGGGCUAUUCACCAGAGGACGUCAUCGGGAACAUUUUCCGAGUGUGUAAAACCUUUCCAAUGGCCGAAUACUUGAAACUGGAAUUCAUCAAGGAGAUUGGAUACACUCACAUGAAAGUGGCGGAAGGUGUGAACUCCUUGCUGCAGAUGGCUGGGCUCCUGGCCAGGCUGUGUCAGAAGACCAUGGCUCCAGUGUCCAGUUGAGAUGAAAUGAGGAGGGUCCUUGCCACUGAGACACUGAUGGUCCAGCUGUCCAGUCGUGGGAGAUGUGCCCAAGACAUAGUACAUGCUCACUUCGUUUUUUGUUCUGGGAGAACAGGGUCUCUUGUAGCCCAGGCUGGCUUUGAACCCCUGCUGCUGUGCCUAACCUUGAACUGCUGACCCUCCUGCUUCUGCCUCCUGAGUGCUGGGGACGGCACCUGAGCACGCUGGCGGCUGUGUGACUGAGCUCAAGGGUUUCCACUUCUGCUCUUUUAUCUGAAUUCACCUGCAGGCCUGAUAUGGGGCGUGUCGGGAAGGUCCCCAACCUCCUCAGUCUCAGGAUUUUGACCUGUAAUGCUUAACUGCUUGAGGCCUUGAGGAAACCAGCGUCUUGCUUCGACCUGGUGUCCCCUGCUAGUAGAAACAGUGCCCGCGGCCAGCGACAGCGCAGCGGGUGAAGUGCUGGCCUGGCACCUGACCACCUGCAUGCCAUCUCCAGAGCCCACGAGAGGCAGAAGAGAGCUGACACCACAGAGACAGACGUUCUCUGUGCGCAGAGUGCAGUGGCGCACACCUUUAGUCCCAGUGCUUGGAGACAGGCAGGAGGAUCUCUGCAAGCUCAAGAACUACAUAGACUUGUCUCAAUAAAAGAUGUCAUUUAGGCCCUGCAUACAUGCACACACAAUAAUAAGUAAAAUUAUAAAAAUAAAUUUAAGAAAUGAA